AUUGAAUUGACUCUUAUUCUGAAGGAUGUUGUGGCCGGAAGUGGCUGUCCCUGUCGGCGCUAGCCUUCCGGUUGACUUCCGGCAGAGACACGUGAAACUAACAGAACAACAACAGAAGAUAAAGUCUGUUAGAGACAUUUAACUGAUCACAGCUGCUUCAGAGAACUGACACGAGUGGAUAAGAAACUGGUUUACACAUUUAACACCGCAUUUCCCCUGAAAGCCGACUGCAGGACGUCACAGAGAACUUUAGGAGAGGACUACUGAAGCUAACUGAGCUAACUGAGCUUAGCAUGGAGCUAACAGGGUCAUGAGCUGGGCUGCAGGUUGGUAGAUGCUGAUGAAGAGGAGCAGCUGAUGAAGAGGAGCAGCUGGUCUCAGCAGCCUGCAGAGCUGUAGAGGUGUGAAGGAUGCUCCAGGGGCCGUACGGCAGCCUGGACCGGGACCGGGACCGUCCCCUCGUCCGGCUCCCUUUCAACAGCUUCAUCGUGGGGACGGUGCUGCUCCCUCUGACCGGCCUCAUCGCCUGCCUCUUCAUCUCACUCAUGUACCACUUUGAGGACGCAACGUACACACACUGCAAGGUGUCCAACUACCUCCCGUCCAUCAGCUCCGCCAUCAGCCGCAUGCCUGAGCGCUACAUCUGGCGCGGCUGCAUCGGCCUGCACUCGGCGGCGCGCUACCUGGUAACCGCCACCUACUUCAGCUUCUACCGCCGCCGCUUCGCCAACAGGCUGCCGGAGCUGCUGCUGAGCGGGCUGGCUCUCCUCUGCAGCGUCGCCGAAAACACCGGGCUGCUGCUGCUCACGUACGUGUCGUCCACCGAAACCUACAAUGUUCAUAAACACGGUUUCAUCGUGUUCAUCGGGAGCUCGCUGCUGCACAUGUUCAUUACAUGCAGACUGUGGCAGGUGAUCAGGAGACACUAUGUGAACCCAGAGGAAAUGACAUCAUAUCGCUGGAAGGUGCGUCUCUUCCUGUUUAACAUCAGCUGCUGUCUGGCCGCCGCCUACUUCUUCACACGCCACAACAAGUACUGUGAGACAGGAGUCUACACGCUGUUCGCCUUCUUUGAAUACCUGGUGGUCUUCUCCAACAUGGCCUUCCACAUGACCGCCGCCUUCGACUUUGGGAGCACAGAGGUCAUCGUGGGCACUCCGCCUGAAGACAAGCGAUACUGAGAGCGGCCAGCGAUCUCACCUGUGGACUUCUUUUGUUAAGAAAAGGUGAAAGGAACUUUAUUUAUCUGAAUGAACUGAUACUGAUGAUGUCAGCGCUGCAGUUGAGAUUUUUAUCAUUCCAACGCCACCUGUGUUCUUAAAACUAGGGAUGCACCGAUGCCACUUUUUAUCAGACCGAGUACAAGUACUUCCAUUUGGGUACUCGCCGAUACUGAGUACCGAUACGAGUACUUCUCUGUGCCUAAAGACCCUCGUUAACAGCCAG